AUGAAAGCUAGCGAAAAAAGACAUGAUGCAACACUUAGAGAUCAACAAGCAUUUAUUUUGAGCAUACACACACAAGUUGGUCAUUUAACAAAACUUGUACAAGAAAAGCUAUUAGAUCUUCUUUCAAGAAAAGUUUAUUCAAUCCAUAUGGCUCAAGACAUGGACGCUGAUAGAGAAGAAGAAGAUGAAUUUCCGUAUCAACCACCUCUUUCUUUCCUAUCUUGUGCCAGAGAAAAUCUAGUGAAGCAAGGAAACACAAUGUUCAUGCAACAUAAAGAACUUAAAGAGAAACUGGAAAAAGAAGAAAAGCAUUUGAAACCUCUAAUGUCAACGCCAAUGAUUUUUGAGGUGUUUGCUUUUACAAGGCCACCAGAUCAAGUCACAAAGGUAGUUGAAGAAAAAGAAGAAGAAUAUGAUGAGCCUCAUUUUGACAAGAGAAACCCGGAAAGAGAUAAGACAAAAGCUAAAGACAUGGGAAUGAGGAAAGAGCCCAAGCGAAAGCACAAAGAAGAUGUCAACCCGACAAUGUAA